CCUUCUUUACGUGUCCCACCUACUAACUGUACAAGUCAGCUCUUGUGGCUCCAUUUCAUCCUCUUCUUUUCUCCCAAAAGAUCUCUCUUCUCCCUUUAUUUCUUCACUCUCAAGCCUCUCUACUAAAAUAUCUUCAUAUUCUAUCUUUUUGAAAAGAAAUUUCCUGCUCUUGGGAGAGAGAUAUUGGAUUGAGGUUCUCCUUGCAGAGAGAGAGGGGGUGGGACACGAACUGGGUUUCACUUUAAGGCAGAAAGGUCAGAUUCGAGGUUUGAAAAGGCAAAAGAGAGGGUUCUUUUUUCUAUUUUUCAGAAAGAAGAGAGAAAAAGAUAGGAUUUUCAGAGAGAGAGAAAGAGAAGUUUAAGGUUGUAGAAGAAGAGAAACUAUUGUGGUUGCGUGUGGUUUUUUUUUUUUUUUUUUUUUGGGGAUAGUGAAACAGAGAAAUCCUAAGAAGAUUGGGAGUUCUUAGAGAAAAUUAGAAAGAGUGAGAGAUCGCUGGGGAAGAUGAAGAUACAGUGCAACGUCUGUGAGGCAGCGGAGGCGAAGGUGCUAUGUUGUGCGGAUGAGGCGGCGUUGUGUUGGACAUGUGACGAGAAGGUUCAUGCGGCUAACAAGCUUGCUAGUAAGCAUCAGAGGAUUCCACUUUCUACUUCUUCUCCUCAGAUGCCUAAAUGUGAUAUUUGUCAGGAGACUGCUGGUUUUUUCUUUUGUCUAGAAGAUAGAGCAUUGCUCUGCAGGAAAUGUGAUGUUGCCAUACACACAGCAAAUACCCAUGUGUCUGUUCAUCAGAGAUUUCUGCUCACUGGAGUAAAGGUAGGUCUAGAACCUACUGAUCCUGGUGCAUCCUCUUCCUCAGGAAAGUCACCUUCAGGGGAAAAGAAAACCUUGGAAACAAAAUCACGCCCUGUUUCUAGAAGAGGCACCUUAUUGCCUUUGGCCAAUCCUUGCAAUCAAGUUUCGACUGUGAAUGUCUGUGGAGUUGGAGACUUUGGGCCUGCUAAGCUGCCCUAUUCUGGAGGUUCAGCAACUUCCAGCAUUUCACAGUGGCAUAUAGAUGAAUUUCUCGAUCUGCCUGAGUUUAAUCAAAAUUAUGGCUAUAUUGAUAAUGGAUCUUCUAAGGCUGAUAGUGGCAAACGUGGAGAUUCUGACUGCUCUGCCAUUUUAAGGUCAACUGAAGAAGAGGUGGAUGAUGAAGAAUGCUUGGGUCAGGUGCCAGAUAGCUCCAGGGCAGUUCCCCAAAUCCCUUCCCCACCUACAGCCUCGGGGCUAUACUGGCCAAAAAGUUUUCAUAAUCAUUCCGAGACAGCAAUUUUUGUGCCUGAUAUAUGUUGUUCAGUUGUGCAGAACUGUCAUUACAGUGAACAGCGUGGCACUGUUUCCAAACGGCAGCGGCAACUCUAGACUACUCUUUGCCAGCUUCAUCCCUGCUGCUACUUUUUGCUCCUCCAUUCCACUGCUGCUACUUUGGAGCUUGUAAGAUAAAAGGCAUUAGUGCUUGAGUCAAUAAUUCAUUCACCUGAGACAUUGAUAUCUGUAAGAGUCAGUAAGGUGGUUCAAGAAAUACCUCAAUAACGUGAUGGAAAUCCAUGUUUCACAAAAAAAUUCUGAAUCCGAAGAUAGGAGCGUGCUGAGUGGUUAUUAUUAAAUCUUUUGUAAAACUUGAGAAGGUUGUUUGACCUUUACUUUUCAUGGAAAUCAGACAUCCUUAAUGAUGAUACCUGAUGUCUGCUUCCAUGUACAUAUCCUAAUUACAAGUUUGAAAGCUGUUUGUCUGCCGCUUCAAGCAAAGUAAUUGCUUUCCUUUUCAA